AUGGACGGACUGGUUUGCCUGGGAAUUACCUGGAAGCAACUUAUUGCGCACAUCGAGUCUCAAUCGCGGCUGAAACAGCUUCGACUGGACUGCGUCGGCCAACUGCAUACUGACUGCACAUACAACACCGAGUCCAGCGCAACACUGUAG